AUGUCUCUAUCGUAUUGGCGAGAUAAAUGCCUGGCUGUGAUUCUUCGAUUCAUAAUCGGCCUCAUAGCUCCCGUACAUGCUACACCAGAUGAAGUGCGCCAGAUCAAGUCCCGCGAUGCGGGCCGAUCCAUCACGGCUCAUGUGUAUCGCUCUUCCAGCACUGGGCCAUCACCUGUUCUCCUUAACUUCCAUGGCAGUGGAUUCUUGUUACCGUAUCAUGGAAGCGAUGAUGAAUUCUGCCGGCAAAUGAGUCGCGAGACCAAAUUCACAGUCCUCGAUUGCGCAUAUCGCCUGGCGCCUGAGAAUCCCUUCCCCGCAGCACUAAACGACGUUGAAGAUGCCAUCAAAUAUGUGUUAGCCCGGCCAGAAGAGUUCGACCUUACCCACGUGUCUCUUUCCGGCUUCAGUGCUGGAGGUAACCUCGCGCUAGCCGCCGCCGCCAACCUGUUCCCCGCCGACACCUUCCACUCGCUAUUGGCAUACUAUCCGGUGACCGAUUUGAGCACAGAUGGCACUCAAAAGUUUGCCCCCAGCAGAAAAGGUGGGGGGAUCUCAGUCUCAGUCGGGCGCCUAUUCAACCGUUGUUAUAUUCCUUCUACCUUUGAUAGGCGAGAUCCGCGUAUCUCUCCGCUUUUCGCACAGGCAGACCUGUUCCCACGACGACUCCUCAUGAUCACUGCUGAGAUGGACUCUCUUGCACUUGAGGCCGAGGAGUUGGCUCAGAAGAUUGAGGCGUUGCCUGGACGGCAUGUGGUCCGCCAACGCAUGGCGGACUGUAAUCAUGCGUGGGACAAGCGCACGAAGGCGGGAACCCCACAACGUGGACUGAAAGAGUUGGCCUACCAGUUGGGGGUUGACAUGCUGAAUGGCUGA